AUGGCAAAGGCAGCGUCGAAAGAAAGAAAACGACAUGGAAGAAGAGGAACGGUGGGAGAUAGGAUCAGUAGUUUACCAGACUCUAUGCUUCAUAACAUUCUUUCUUUUCUUCCAACAGAUCAGGUUGUUGCCACAAGCCUCUUGUCCAAGAGAUGGAAAUCACUUUGGCUUAAAAUGAGCACUUUUGAUUUUGAAGAUGAAAGAUUCGCCAGUCUUGAUGAUUUCUUUCAGUUUGUAGACGCAGUCCUCUUCUUUGCAGAUUCGAAACCAAUAGAAAAGUUUCGUGCGAGAUUUAGCUUUUUGCAUAACAGAUCAAGGGUCAUUAAGAUUAAUAUUUGGAUUAACACGCUUAUAUAUCGCAGAGUUCAACAUCUUGAACUAUGCUCUUAUGUGUCCUCCAUUGAAGUCACCUCGAGAAUUUUCAACUCUGAUACCCUUAGGGUUUUGAAGCUGAAUAAAGUUAGAGUGAUGAAUUCUUUUCAUUCUGUUAACUUACCUUCACUUAAAGUCAUGCAUUUGGUGGAAGUUGAACUUCCAGAUUAUGAAAGUGUGGUAAAUCUUCUCUCUGGUUGUCCUCUUCUCGAAGAAUUGAUAUUAGAUCCGAGGAUAGAUAACGAAGACGAGGAUGAAGAGGAAGAAAAAGAUUUCACUGUGAAUAUUGAAAAGCUUGAACACUUGGUUUCAGCAGCUGUUCCUUCCUUUCUAAUUUCUUCAGAAGCUUUAACUAACGUGGCAUUUCUGCGUUUAAAUGGGGACGAGUCACCUGUACGUGAUAUGCCAGUAUAUGACAAUUUAACCCAUUUAGAAAUUUCACGUGUCAAUAAUGAACACUUGAACUGGAUAAUGGGAUGUCUGCGAAGCUGUCCCAAGCUUGAAAUUCUUGUGAUUUAUGAGAUUUAUGUUGAUCCUGAUGUGGAGGAAGAGUUGAUGGAACCAACACAGGAUGUUCCUCAAUGUCUUUCUUCACACCUAAGGGAAUUCACUCUUACAAAAUACAAAGGCUGGGAAUGUGAGUUUGAAGUUGCAAGAUAUAUUAUGGAGAAUGCAAGAGUUUUGAGGAGCAUUUCCAUUUUCUGCUGCAGUCAUAUGGAUGAAAAGGACAAAUACGAAUAUCUCGAGGAGCUGGCCUUUUGUCCUAGAGUCUCUGAGCAUUGCAGGCUCUCAUUUAAAUGA